AUGAAGCCGCUACAUCUUACCGCGUUCACGGUGGCUGCAACAUCCGCGACGCCCUAUAUUCCCCCUUGGCUCACUUUACCGCCCGCGCCUGAACUUCCUCCUCCAAGUUAUGAGGCCCACGCACAGGUGAAUAAUAUCUCUCUAUGGCACGCCCUCUACGGACCUUCUGUUGGAAUGGCCGGGCCCCCUGUGGUAUUGCUCCAUGGUGGUAAAAUUUCCUCCCGCUGGUGGGGUGACCUUGUCGAAUAUCUCGCGCCAACUUUCAGUGUUAUCGUAAUCGACACAAGGGCCCAUGGACGCUCAACCAACGAUCUCUCUGUGCCCCUUUCCUAUGACUUGUUUGCGCGGGACACUAUCUCUCUACUUGAUACACUGGGGAUUACGAGUGCAAGCUUCGUCGGGUGGAGCGAUGGGGCCAAUACCGCGCUUGAUAUUGCCAUGAACUAUUCGUCGCGGGCCGAUAGCAUUAUUGCAUUUGGCGCCAAUUUCAGUCCCGAUCAGGCUAACAUCACUGGCAUUGAAGGCAUACCUUUCUUAAAUGAUCUGCUAAACAGGGAGGAGUCUGAGUAUAAUGAGCUGAAUCCCAAUCCGAAUUGGAUUCUUUUCAACGAUCGUGUGAAUCAGAUGCAAUCUGUCUCGCCAGCGUGGGAUCAGAGAGCUUUUAAUACGAUUUCACCUUUUGGGGUGGUUGAUCCUUCACCGAGGAUUUUAUGUGCUGAUGCGGAUCAUGAGGAGGUUGUCAUAAGAUCCACAGUAUUUCAAAUCAACGAAAUGAUUCAGAAUUCGCAGCUGACCGUCCUUCCUGGCGUGAGCCAUUUUGCGACCCUCGUCACAGCCCAGUAA